AUGGAAGAAUAAGUCACUCGUCCUGGCAAAAAGCUGUGGGCUAUAGCAAGAAAGAAAGUGAAAGUGAUAGCACGAAUAAAUGCUAUGAAAAGAAUAACUCUUUAAAAUUACUAUGGAGUGAGAGACGACAAUGAUUUUGUAGAGGCCACCCAAAUUAAUAAAUGGGUGAUUUAUCCUGACUCAAAGUUUAAGGGAUUUUGGGAUUUUAUCAUAAUUCUUCUAAUGCUUUAUACAUGCACAAUUUUGCCGUUUCGUUUAGCAUUUCAAGAUUCUUCAAGUGAUGUUUGGAACACAAUAGACGAGGUGUUCAAUUAUGUAUUCAUGGCGGACAUUGUGAUUAAUUUCUUUACUGCAUAUUAGGAUGCUGAUAAUGUUUUAGUUACAAACAACAAAUAUAUUUUAAUGAAUUACUUGAAGACUUGGUUUCUAUUGGAUGUGGCUUCAGUGUAUAAAAUUGAUAUUAAAUCUAAGGAUUCCUUUUGAUUAAAUCUUCCAGCCAGAUCCAUAAACUUAAACUACCUAAACUCAAGGAGGUUAGAAAGGUUCAUACACUCAAUUACUAAGAUUGACAAGACUGCCUCGUUUAUAUAGACUGUUGAAGGUGGUAAAGUUAUUCAGAAUAGUUCGAUUCUAAUAAACAAACAGAUCAUCCAUGUUCUCAAAACUAAUAAAAUCUUGUAUUAAGUUGGAUGCAAGUAUUAAAAGAAUGAUCAAAAUAAUGGGAAUGUCAUUGCUAUUUUUACAUUUGAGUAGUUGUUUUUAUUACUUAAUCACUAAAAUUGAAACUGAUUCAGUUACAUGGGUGACUAAUUUAGGAUUGGAGGAAGCAGAUGAGGCCACGCUCUACAUUCGAUCAUUUCAUUGGGCAUUGUAAACACUAACUACAGUGGGAUUCGGAGAUGUGUCUCCAUAGACUGAUUGGGAAAAGUUGUAUGCUAUAUUCUGGAUGGGAGUAGGGAGUGCUUUCUUCUCCUUUAUGAUUUCAAAUCUUUAGGGAGCAGUCGGAGAUUCAGAGAAGUCCGCAAAGAAUAAGAUUAUGAGACUCAAUGUGAUUCAGAACAAAAUAAAGAUUCCGGAUUAUCGUAAAUUAAUUAUCCAUUUUUAGUGUUUUCAUUGAUUAAGAGACAACUUGAAUCCCAACAGGUUGAGAAUUCUAGAUAGUAAAUCAUUUUGCAAACAAAACCAUUAAUCAAAUAGUUGCCUACUUGUUUAAGAUCAUCUGUGUAAUUAUGUAUCUAUGCUCAUGUCAUUGAAAAAAUUAAAUUUUUAUAAGACAAGGAUAUCGAAUUGAUCAUGGAUGUGAUUCCCAAGAUAUCUCCAUUAAAUUGGGCUUAGGGGGAUAUUUUAUUUUCAACUGAUGAUUAUGCUGAAGAAAUCUAUUUCGUUUCAAUUGGAGAAAUCACUACCAGAGCUGCUGAUGGUUCUACGAUAUCUGUGUAUAGAGAAGGCGAUACUCUAGGAUUAUUGGAGGCAAUUUAUGAUGUGAGAAGGAUAGGAACUGCAAUAUGCAGUAAAAAUACAUAACUCUUUAGUUUGGACAGAACAACUUAUUUAUAAAUGUUAUAGGAUUACCCAUAAUUGCUCUCAGAGGUCAAAUAAUAGGUUGAUAAAAGAAUUAAAGAAGUAAAGCCUUUUGUUGAGGACGCUACCAUUUUGAAUAGAUCAAUUUAUGAGGUUAUGUAAGACUAUUAAAGAAAGAUUAACAAAAUUAAAAAAAUAAUAGAAUAAUUACAAAAGUCAGAAGAUAGCAACGAUAUCAUAGAUACUGAUAAAAAUUAAUUAUAAAUAUUUUUGUAGACCAACACUUAAUUGGGAGACAUUAUGAAUCUGCAAAGAGAAUCCAAUUCUAGAGAAACUGUAAUGUUUGAAAAUGCAAAAAGCAUGAACAAUUUAAUUGAUUAACUAGCUGAUUUGUGGUAAAAGUAAUUGAUCGAAAAAAUUGAUUAAAUGCAUACAGAAACCACCUAUAUGAUCCAAGCUGUUCAAGAUAGAGUAGAAUAUUAUCAGAAAGCCACUAAGAAGUUUUCAAAUCUUAAGAAUGACUUAACUAAACAGAAAGAAAACAUCUAGAGCAUGACAAAAAUAUGA